ACCGAAACGUGGACCCUUUGUCGCGCGCGGUCUGCUUCAAGGGGCGAUUCCGACAAAGCCAGACGCUACGCUUCGGCGUAGAAACUGCUGGGCUUUCGGAGUUGCCCGCUGUCGUAAUAGUGAUCUCUAAUCCGCAACGCCGCUUGUAACAUGAAGGAGCCUCGCAGGGGACAUUCUCGGCGCUGUCGCAGCGUUGAGUGCCGCAGCGAAAACGCCGGCGAAGAGCACCUCUUCAGGAAUCCUCUCAGCAAGUGGUACCGCGGCCGACGGCGAAGCAAGGACGACGAGGCUGGGCUGCUGGACGCCGAGUACGAUGGCGGCCACGAGAGCCACUCGCAGCAGCAGGUGCGGGGCAGCCGACAAUCCACGGUGGCCAGCAUUAGCAGCUCAGGGGGAGCGCCGAAGUCAUCGACGAAGCCCAACAAAAGCAGCAGCAGCAACUGUUCGUCCAAGAAGUGCCCUUCUUCCACGACGUCGCCGCAGCCGCACAAGCCGACGGCAGCCAACGGCGGCUACGGCCCACGGGUGCGCAUCUCCCUGCCAGAAGAAGACCUGAGCACCAGGGCCAAACAGCAGAGCCGCACUGCGGCCCAUCAGCAAAAGGCUGAAUGUGCAGACAAAUCUGAGGUGCCUGCUUUGCCACCCAGACCAGCGUCGUGUCAGCCCACGCAGCUGCCCAACAAAACACGGUCAUUGUGUCCAGCCGAAAGGGCCCGGCUGGCAUUCCCAGGCUGCCACAACCAAGAGUCUGGCCACUCACUGUCCAGGGAUCUCACCCAGAGCCCUGCCAGAGCUAUGGGUGUACAGUCACUGGACGCCCUGCUUGGCCAGCUCUGUUCAGGUAACUGCAAGAUCUCCAUGAAGGUCAAGGACAAAGAUGGCAAGGCGCACAAGGACAAAGACAUCAAAGUCCACAAGGAUGACGACAGCAAGACACUUGCCCACAAACACAACGAAAUCUGCUGCAUGAAAGAGGCAACUCAAUGCAGCCGAAGGCAAGUUUCUUCCAUUGAUAAAAAGCCCUUCAGGUUGUCGUCAGCUGCAGAUAAUUUUUAA